CUUCAUCAUGUCUUUUGGAUUCAAUACAAACACAAGAUCUAAAGAGGAUAUUUCCUUUAGACUUAAGCAACACAAUGUCAAACGUGCACGUGAAGAGACUCAGAAACUGGAAACAGAGAGUAGGAAAAUGGAAGAGAGGCUGGCGGAACUCCGACUGGCGAUGAACAAGGAGAAGGAGGAGAGAGAAAGACAAGGUGGGGGUUACUGGUCCAGAGGUCAAACAGGGAACCUGAACUCAUAUGCCACAGAUGUCCUAAACAAACCUUCCUCUUCUUCCAAGAGUUCUGGUAAAAAGAAAGUUAAAGUCCUAAAAGACACUCCACUUGACGUCCCAGACAGGCCAAGUCAACCAGGAACAAUGGCCUACAUUGCCAAACAAGACGUAUCCUCAACACCACGACAAAAGGUCAAAGGUCCAAAGUGUGGGCAGUGUGAGGAGAAAAAAGCCGCAGUGUCGUGUGUCCAGUGCUCGGAGCUGUAUUGUCCUGGUUGUUUCGCAGCAUUCCAUUUGAAAGGAGCCCUGAAAAAGCAUAGGUCUAUACCAGUGUCUGCAACAGGCCCAAGGCAGUGUAUGUCUCCAAGACCUACCCCUCCAAUUACCAAUGGCAAUGGAGAUUUUGACAGUCACAAUCAUUCCUCUGAAAAUUUUGACAGUUACCCCUCAGAAAAUGCGAUCCACCCCGCACACUCCAGCAUCAACAGAGUACGGUUCAAUGACCAAGGGAGGAACAGUCCGGAGGGGGCUAGUGGAUCUUUUGAUGGUCCCUCCCUGUUUGAUGGGGAUUACAACGAGGCUGAGAGUGCAGCUUCAUUUCAGGCGGCCCUUGCUGCAUGGAGGACUGGAAAAUCUGAGGGCGAGGAACCAGCUAAAGAGUCAACCACCAGACAACCUCAAGUUCUCAAAGUGGAGACUCCACGUCAACCAGUUCCAAUGGGAGUUGACAGUGGUACGGAAACCAAAAAACCUCCCCCUGUGGAAAUAAAGUUUUCCUCCAACCUUACUUAUGCUGAACGACUUCUCCUUAAGAAACAUAGACAGACAGACAUUGAAAAGACAGACACCCCUAGGGUCAGUUUGCCUGCAACUCCUCGACUAAAUUUCCCUUCCAUGCCAGACGACAAUCAUAGUGAAGUACAGAUGCCCUUUACUCCUCGCAGCCAGCAGACUCCUCGCAUUGAGGCUUAUCCUCAGAGGAGCAAAACUGAGGAUGAGGAUCAGGAAGAGGACAUGGAGGAUGAAUUAGAAGAAAGAGUUAAUUUUAAAGCCCUGUACGAGCUGUCUAAAGCCUCCUCCAACACCAGUGUAGGGAAAUCUCGCCAUGAUGAGGACAACAUUUCUAUCAUUGAACUGGAUACUGUAAUCACUAAUCCUACAAUUGAGGAAACCACAGAGUUCGUAGUUCAGGAGGUCAGUGAUUUGGAGGCCUGGACAGUCAAAGAAAGUGAGAACAAUUUUAUAGAAACCCAGAGAAGCAGCAAGCCACCAAAGUCUUCAAAACGCAGAGCAGAAUCUAGAACAGAGAAUAGCAUUAUUACCUCACCCGAAAACAUGUCAGCCAAACCACCAAUCAGAACUGAAGAUAGGCUGGGGUCAGGAAAGGUCAAGGACAGCAUUCAAGACCAAACGAGGACUGAGAGUAGGAUGAAGUCUGGAAAGGUGCGACCUUUCUCUGCCAAAUCUAGACCACCAUCAAGUAGAGCAAAGAGCCGACAAGAUUCUCAGAGACCCGGAUCACGGACAAGAAGUAGAGCAGGAUCGAGGAUGGAAGGAGAAGGGUGCUUGACAAAAGCCCCCAGUGAAGCCCUGAGUAUGGUAGCUCAGAUGUCUGCAGAGGUCAAAGUUCAACGGAGCGUACCAUUGGAAGAGCUGUUUAUGAUUGGUGUAACCCCAGUACAGCAAGACAGGGUCAUGACCCCAUCCAGGGCUAAGAGUGCCAAGGAUGAUAGAAUGAAAGUUAGCAACCAAUUGUACCAGAUGGCCCCUCGCUCCUGGAGACCAGACAGUAGUCUUGCAGAAAAUGCAACAGACGCACAAGUAGAACCAGUGGAGGACCCAUUGGCUGUUCCCAUGGAAACUGAUGCCAUUGAUAUGGUCAUGGAUGCUAACAGUUACCAUAGCAACACUGAUGGUGUGGAUGCUGAAACACCUACACCAAGAGCUCCUAGUCGAAGUGAUUCUCUGCUGAGAGAUUCCACACUACCAGAUUUCAACUUCAGUCACCCAACAGCAAAACAAAGAUCACCAGAACCCCCACGAGAGAAAAGCUUUAGACAACCCAGCCAACAUUCAAAGAGCCGAUCCUCCCAUCAGACCCUCACCCCCAGAAUAGGGACCCCAGGGGCCAAACCAUCAGAUAACCUAGAACCUACUGAUUUACAAUCCUCCACAACUUUUGGAAGUUGUCCACAUAGCAGAGGUGUGGAUCAAAUAGGGGCGAGAUCGGUCAGUAGAUCUGGUACAGGAAUAACUCCAAGAUCUGCGAGGGCAUCAUCACGGUUUGGAGGUCAAACCCCCAGAGCUGACGGAUUAGAGAGACCAGUGUCCAGAGCUAUAGUUGUUGAUGGGGAAGAUUUGUCAUCUUAUGAUGCAGUUGGGGACCAGGAAAACAGAAACAUGGAAGACCAGGAGAGUUUGAAUAAAUUGGAGUGGGAGCUGGCCUCAGAGUCAGGCAGGAUCACAGCUGAUGGCCAGAUAUCUCGUAUGAGUAUACUGCCAGACACGGAUGACGAGGGAAGCACAGGAAGUAGUCGAUCCUUUAGUAGGAUGAGUCAGCAGGAUCAGGGAUACGACAUCAACUCGAGACUCAGGGAAGAUGAACUACUAGACGAUGAGGAACAAAGAGAAAGCGAUGAAGAAAAUGAGGUCAAAGCUCUUCAUUAGAGCCCCUGAUUUGUUGAAAAUGUGUGGAACAAUUUUUUCGAAAACAAUUUCUUUCGAGACCAAGAUCAGAGAUUGUGAACAGUGCUAAUGUGUACUCUUUCUCAGUGCAUUAUGGCUCACUUUUCAGUCAGUGGUGUUAUGUUUUAAACUGAAAACACAAUAUUCAAAUGUUUUUGAUUCCUGGCAAUAUUAUUGUCUGCUAUUUAUAUCUUCAGUACAAUCUGUCAGAUCACAUGAAAAAUAAUUAGGGGAUUUUUGAAAGAAAAAAAAAUAUUUCAAAGUUUAACUUUUACAUUGUAAGAUGAAGUGCUUGCAAAUGAUGAGAUACAUUGAUAAAAAAUAUAUCACAUAUAUGUAUUACUAAAAUGUUAUAAUUCAAAACUUUGAUUUUAAUGUCAAUGCACAUUUUGCCAGUUUUGUAGGUUUUAGAUGAAAUAUCCCAGUUGUGUUCUAAUUUGUAAGUUUAAUGAUUGUUAGUUUUUUAAUUUGUAAAUUAAUACCAAUAUGUAAUUUA